UUUCAUACAGAGACUUAACGAGCGAGAUGCGAAUUUUGUGGAUUGUAGCUAUAUCGGUCUCGUGGCAAUUUUCAGACGCCUAUUUUUUUAUGCCCAAAUUUCUGUGUAUUCCACCAUUUGUGGCCAUUAAUGGAAGCUGCCUCAUUCCCACCACCACAAAACCGUUGAUCCCGCCCUGUUCGAAGAACCCUCAAAACUCAACGGUACUUCCGGAAAAUCCUGAAAUAGUUACGGUUACUCCCCCGGAUUUAUUACCGGAAGAUGGCGAUAGUAUCGGAGAAAACAUUGCUAAAGAUAAAGAGCCUUCCCUUCCUAUCAAAGUUCCAGCUGUUCCCAGUGAAAAUGAAGUAUCAACUGAAAGUUCAGUAAAUACUUCAAGUCCGGCACCCGACGACACCAUUAUUAGUAAUCCGGAAAUUAUACCACCAAGUAAACAUGUCAACUCGAGCGAAAUUUUAACAAAUCCUGGGCAGGAAACAGAUGGAAGCCAACACCCGGGAAAAGGAACUACAUUAAAACCGAUUGUUCCUGAUGCAAAUAAAGUAUCUACUGAGAGUUCAGCUAAUACAACAAAUUUGGAUCCCAAUGACAACAUUAUUAAGAAGCCGGAAGUAUCCGACCAAAACCCAAUUUCGGAAAACCCUACGAGAAACAAAACAGAUUCUGAAUCAAACAAAAUUAUCGGUGAGGAUUUAUUACCUGAACACGUGGGAAAUCAAACCAAGCCAUCGAGCAAUUCCUCAACUAACAUAACUGGUACAACGCCGGGAAAUCCACCAACGAAUCCCAUAAUUUCUGGCACAGAUAAUUUGGGCAACGUUAUUUUGCCUCCGAUUUCAGGAGGAAGUGUCGGAGGUCUUCCGAUAACUCCUUCAAUUCCUGAUACAGAUGAAAUAGCCAGUGGUAUCUCACCAGGAAUACCAUUACCAGGGAAUUUGAGUCUUCCAAAAGAUCCUUCGAUGCCCGAAAUUCCUGACACAGAAAAAUUGAUUAAUGAUAUAUUACCAAGCGGAAGGCCGCCAAAAGUGUCUUUGAAUAAUCCAGAGGAAAUAUCAAAAAUCCCGGCAAUAAAUCCCAUAACUCCUGAUACGGGUAAAGUAAUACCAUUGCCUGGGAAUUCGAGUCAUCCAACUAUGACCCCAAUAACUGAGGUUGGAUCAGAAACUCAUCCAAUAGUUCCAACACAUCCAACAGAUAAUUUGGUAGGUCCUCCAAAAAUCCCCCCACACGAGGUGCCUGGGCUAAAACCGCCGAUUCCUCCAAAAAUUCCUGAAACGAAUCAUUUGGUAAAUGGUAGUUUACCCUCCGGAGACUUGAUUGAUAAAUAUAACCCACCUAAAAUUCCCGAAAUUCCUGAUACUGAUGAACUAAUAAAUCGCUUAUUACCAACCCAACGGCCGACUCAAAUACCAUUGCCUGGGAUACCUGAGUUAAAGCCGCCGAUACCUCCACCACCUCCCUCUAAAAUUGAAUUACCUAAGAUGCCGAAGAUAAUUGAACCCCAAAUUCCGAUUCCCAAAUUGAUUAGACCUGAAGACCUAUAUCCGAAAUAUACAAAUAUCCAACCGCUUUUACCCAAGGACAUAAAGCCAUAUAAUUUCACCGGUGUUUAAAAACUGAUGUAUUUUUAUAAAAUCAAACCUGGUUUAGUUGUGCAUUGAGGGCGAGAAUAAAUGCAUAUUCAAAUGCUUUAUUUGAUCCUUACCAUA